AUGCGAUCGACUUUUGCUCUCAGGCAAGUCGCCAUCUCGGCCGCUCGCUCGUCGAGCCUGACCAGCGCCCGCGCUGCUGUUGCUGCUCCUCGUCUUGGCUCGCUCUCCUCGACCUUCAAGCGCGAUGCCGCCUUACGCCUCCCCACGGGCGUCAGGGGUCUCGCCUCGGACGCGAUCACCGACUUCGAUCCCCACGCGCCCACCGCCAUGGACAAGAUGGAGCCGCCCAAGCCCGGUGCAGACUUUAACGUCGUCAUCAUCGGCGCUGGUAACAUCAACUUCGGUUCCGACGAAGGGCCCUGGAACCACUCGUUCCGACUCGAGCACAAGCUCGGUCCUCGUCUCAAGGUGACCGCUCUGAUUGACCCUUCGGCUGCUCGUGCCGAAUCGGUGCUCAGCGUCAAGCGCAACUCGUUCGUGCUCUCUGCCUACAAGGACACGAUUGUCUACCCAACCUUCGCCGACUACGUCGCCAAUGUGACACCCGACAAGCGCCCUCACGCCAUCUGGGUCGGCAGCCCUCCUGCCUUCCGUGGUCAGGAACAGCCCGGCCGCGAUCUCGAGAAGAAGCUCAUCGAAGCCUUCCCCGACGUUGGCAUCUUCAUCGAGAAGCCCGUCUCCACCGGUCCCGUCUCGGACGCCCUCAAGAUCGCCCAAAUGCUCGAGAAGGCCGACAACAUCGUCUCGGUCGGCUACAUGCUUCGCUACCUCAAGGUGGUGCAGAAGAUGAAGCAGAUCCUCGAGGAGAACAACCUCAAGGUCAUGGCGACCAACGCACGAUACAUCAUGGCGUACGAGCACACGGAGAAGCUCGACUGGUGGAACAAGGCCAAGUCGUGCGGGCCCAUUGUGGAGCAGGCGACGCACUUUUGUGAUUUGUCGCGCUACUUUGGUGGUGAGGUGGAUCUGAGCACGGUGGCGGCGCAUUCGUUGGAGCACUUUGAGCCUGCGGGUCACCUGAGCAAGAUUCCGAUCGACGAGAACCAGAUUGCGCCCGAGGACAGGAACCCGCGUGUUACGUGUGCUACGUGGAAGUACGAGUCCGGAGCGGUGGGCUCGUUGACCCACGCCAUCGCUCUGCAGGGCUUCAACUACUCGACCGAGCUCGAUGUUCUUGCGGACGGAUACAGCCUGCGUCUUGUGGACCCCUACAACGCUCCGGCGCUCUUCUUCCGUCGCCCCGGUGACGACCACGAGGAGGUGGUGCGCUACCAGAACGACGACCCCUUCUUCUCCGAGGUCAACAAUCUCAUCGACAACAUCGAGAAGGGUAAGGGAUCUGCACCCAUCCUGUCGUCGUACGAGGAUGCCGUCAAGACCUACGCGUUGACCUGGGCCAUCCGCGAGGCCUCCGAGAGGUCGGCUAAGAAGCCUACCAACUAA